AUGCCCGGCCGAGUCGCCGCCCGAUCGACCUCUGCGACGACGCGCAGGUCAUCGCAACAACCCUCUGCGGGGCGUGCCCCCUCAGUGACUCCAUCAUUUGCGAUUCCCGAUGAACCGGCGCUCCCUGAAGCGUCACCUAACCUCCGCCGUGAUGUGUGUGCCAUAUUCGCAGAUGCGCAGCGCUCAACUACAGGCCAUCGCAAGCUUGUAGUGCGUUUGCGAAAACUACAAGAAAUUUGCAGUGGAAUUGCCCGAAAAAAUAAAAAAGGAAAGGAUCAAGAGGAAGAGGAGAUUGUGCUUCCCGAGGAGGAAACUCUUCCGGAGAAGGAAUUCAACGUUGAAGUCGGUCGUUGUAUGCUUCGAAUUCUGCCCAUCAAGAAGUCUGAGCCCGUCGGAGACCGCAUCAUUCGUUUCAUGGACACCUUCCUCGCUCAUGCUUCCGAGAAAGACAACGAGUUGUUUGCUUCGAACGCCGAUGACGAAUAUGAGAUGCAAACUUCGCCCGAAACCCCCACCUCGCGUCUGACUUCAAGCUUGGUGGCCUUGAUGGUCCCCCUCCUUGGUGCAAAGGACAAGAUGAUAAGAUUCCGCGCCACUCAGAUUGUCGCACACAUCGUCAACACCCUGGAGUCAAUUGAUGAUGAACUAUAUCACACUAUUCAACAAGGUUUACUGAAGCGAAUCCGCGAUAAGGAAUCAUCAGUUCGUGUACAGGCUGUUCUGGGCCUUGCACGACUGGCUGGUAAUGAAGAAGACGACGAUGGCAAUGGCACCGCGCUCCUGGAAAAGCUGAUUGAAAUCAUGCAAAACGAUACAAGCGCUGAUGUGCGUAAGAACCUUCUCGCCAACCUCCCACUGGCCCCGGUGACUCUUCCCUAUCUUCUUGAACGAGCCCGCGAUCUCGACGCUGCAACCCGACGUACCUUAUACUCUCGACUUUUGCCUAUGCUAGGCGAUUUCCGCCACCUGUCCCUAUCUAUGAGAGAGAAGUUGCUCCGUUGGGGUCUGCGAGACCGUGAUGAAAGCGUUCGCAAAGCAACCGGCAAACUGUUCUAUGAUCGCUGGGUGGAGGAUUGUGCGGGUACCAACGCCGGAGAGGAGGAGGGUGCAACUUCUCAGCGCUCACCUCCCAACAUCAACGCUCUUCUUGAAUUACUUGAGAGAAUCGAUGUCGCCAACACGGGCAUGGAAAGCGGAAUCGCCCAUGAGGCGAUGCGCAGCUUCUGGGAAGGUCGUGCGGAUUAUCGAGAAGCGAUGGUCUUCGAUGAACCCUUCUGGGAGUCUCUUACAGCCGAAUCUGCCUUCUUACUGCGAUCGUUUAACGACUUCUGCCGCGUCGAGAACGACGGAAAGUACGAGAGCCUUGCUGAGGAGAAGAUGCCGGAAGUCACCGCGCUUGGCUAUUUCCUCGCCAAAUACAUGAACGAGCUCCUACAACGGAAAAAAUCGUCCAAGGAAUCUGGCGAUGCAAAUGAUGAAGAUGCUGUCGAGCAGGAGUUCAUUGUCGAACAACUCCUUCACAUUGCCAUUACUCUGGACUACAGCGAUGAAGUUGGUCGGCGCAAAAUGUUUGCGCUCCUUCGCGAGUCAUUGGCUGUGCCAGAGCUUCCAGAAGACUGUACCAAACUUGCAGUCGAGGCACUGCGAUGCGUCUGUGGCCCAGAUCGCGCCGGUGAGGGUGAAUUCUGCAGCGUCGUUCUUGAAGCUAUCGCUGAAGUACACGACACAAUCACAACGGAGGAUAGCUUCGUCUCUGCGAAGUCAGAAAUUAGUGAUGAUGCCAGCAGCCGUCAUCGCUCUGAAACUCCAGGUGAAGAGGAGCCGGUCCCAUUCAACAAGGAAGAAGCGAAGGCCAAGAUUGUUCGAGAGAUCGUGGUCAACAUGAAAUGUCUACAUAUCGCCCAAUGCAUGCUACAAAAUGUCGAGGGUAACCUGCAGCAGAGCAUGAAUCUUGUUACGAUGUUGAACAAUCUCGUUGUACCUGCUGUUCGAAGCCACGAAGCUCCCAUUCGAGAACGCGGUAUCUUGUGCUUGGGUCUCUGCUGUUUGCUUGACAAGAACCUCGCUGAAGAGAAUAUGACACUCUUCAUUCAUUGCUACAGCAAGGGUCAUGAGGGUUUGCAAGUGACUGCAUUGCAAAUUAUCUGUGAUAUGAUUACGACCCACCCUUCCCUCCUCGCUCCAAUCACUCAAUCUGACGGCGAAACCGUAACGACUCCCCCCAUCCAGAAGCCCUUGCUGAAGGUCUUUUCACGCGCUCUAAAAGCGAGCUCUCCACCCAGUGUGCAGUCUGCUGCUGCCACUGCUCUAUCCAAGCUUUUGCUUACCAAUACCUUCACACCUUCGGGGUCCAACAUUCCGCCAACCAUUCAGGAAUAUAACCAAAAUUCCGUCGAAACUUUGUUGCUAUCGCUGGUGGUGGCCUUCUUCCACCCACGCACAAAGGGAAAUCCCGCUCUUCGGCAGUCUCUAGCGUACUUCUUCCCAGUGUACUGUCACUCUCGAUUGGAUAACAUCCAGCACAUGCGGCGAGUUGCUGUGCCGGUUAUCCGUGCCGUCAUGAACGCUGCUGAAGAACAUUAUUCUCUUGAAGCCGAAGAAGAUAGCGACGGAGAAGUUGAUGAGAGCGUUGGCGAGCGUGAAGUCAAGGCGCUCAUGACGGGUGUCGUGGGAAUGCUUGCUGAAUGGACCGAUGAACGCCGUGUUGUUGGUCUUGGUGGAGAGCGUGUUCUGAUUGGUGGAACAGCAAGCUCGACGGCCUGUGGUUGGGUACACCUCGCUCUAGUCAAAGACAUCUUGGAGCGUGUCCUGGGUGUCAAUGUUGGGCCUACUCGCUGUUCGCGUGAGGAGCGCAAGCUCAUUUUCUCUCUUCUGAGCAAGCUUUACGUUUCCGCGCCGACAUUACCACCGGCUCGCGCUGGAUCGCGUGCUCCAGAAGGCGAAGACCAAUUCCGAACGAGUAUUCGUAGCGCCACGGCUCUUGAGAUCGAGCCUGACAACAUCCAGCUCGCUCAAGAGGUAAAGGAACUGCUCGACCAGACCAUCGAUGAGGGUCUUGCUGGUGAAGCUUCCAGCCGGAACGCUUUAGUCAAGGCCAAGAACGCCGUUCUGAAGAUUCUCGCUGUUGCUCAAGAUGCUCGUGCGGCCAGUGUACGCCCUCGCGCUGGUACAGAGGAUCUCGAGAGUGAUGUCGGCAGUGUCCGCUCCGCUAGUGUAAGGCGUUCUGUUGAGCCUUCUGGGAUCAACCGUCGCCACGUCUCUGUGGAACCUAGUAUCAUGGAAGAGGACGAGGAUGAGCACAACAUUAGCCGUAUUCGAUCUGGUAGCGUGCGUCCAUCUAUCGAGGGUGGUGGUGCCAGCCGGAGUAUGGUUUCCAUAGAGCCUAGCAUCAUGGAGGAAGACGAGGAUGAUCAUGAUACAAGUAUGGGAACGGUUAUUAAGGACGAAAUUACUGAUGCGUGA